AUGGUGGCCGCAAAGAAGACGGUACCCAUCUCCCGCUCUCUCACAUCUAUCCCCCGUAUCUCGACCACAAGCCCACGUUUCUCCCACCUUUUCCGUCGAUCUGCUGCCGUCUUCCGGGCGACAAAGAAGUCGACGGACAACAUCAACAACAAGCUGCAGCUUGUGAUGAAGAGCGGCAAGUACACGCUCGGCUACAAGACUGUCCUCAGGACCCUCAGAAACUCCAAGUCAAAGCUAGUGAUCAUUGGUAACAACUGUCCUCCGCUCCGGAAGUCUGAAAUUGAGUACUAUGCUAUGCUGGCUAAGGUCACAGUCCACCACUUCCAUGGAAACAAUGUUGACCUGGGAACAGCCUGUGGAAAAUACUUCCGUGUCUGCUGCCUCAGUAUUAUUGAUCCUGGUGAUUCUGAUAUCAUCAAGACUAUGCCAGGUGAGCAGUAA